AUGUCACGGACGAUGAAGGGAGAGCAAAUGGAAUCAAUUAUUCAGACCCCGACAGCCUCCUCCGCCGUGACUACCUCCACAGUUUCUAAUGAAGUUCCCCCUUUCCAGCUCCUCGAAAUUAGCCUCAUAUCUGCCCAAAACCUGGCUCCUAUCUCCAAAUCCAUGCGCACCUAUGCCGUUACAUGGGUUCAUCCUGGCAGGAAACUUACCACGAGGACUGAUCAACAGGGACAGACAAAUCCUACAUGGAACGAUAAAUUUGCUUUUCGUGUUGAAAAUGAAUUCCUGUUUUCGGACAAUGCAGCUGUAAAUGUGGAGAUAUACAAUGUUUCAUGGUUUUGUGAUGUUCUUGUCGGCAUAGUACGUGUUCCUGUUGGUGACCUCAUUGCCCCGUCAGAAUCAAGCAGUUCCAAGAACACGAGGUUCGUUGCUCUUCAGGUUCGUCGUCCAUCAGGUAGCCCACAAGGUAUACUCAACAUGGGCGUUUCUCUUCUUGACAGCAGCAUGAAAAGUAUGCCAUUAAGUAGCCAUGUGAACUCCUGCGUCGAGGAUUCUCCUGAUGGUAUACAGAAAGAAAUGAACAAUCCGAAUGAUCUGCAACAGAAAAAUGGCGAUCAAGAGGAAGAAGACAGUGAUUUAAACGCUAAAAUCCAAUUCUGGCGCUCUGUGGCUGAAGGUUCCGAGUCUAAUCAUGGGGAAUUUCCAGUAAAACCAGGCUCUAUAUGUAAUGGCUCACUUGUCGAUGAAUCAGCAUGCAAUAGUUCAAUGGUAAAUGGUUCAGAAUUAUGUUCAGAUAUUGGCCCUUCAGCGUCAGUUGUAGCUGCGGAAUUAGCCAAGAAAAACGAGCCACCACAACAGGAUGCGCCACCAUCAAAGCCCAAAAAGAAACCGUAUAAAACUGCAGAAAUUCAAGAUACAGAAAGCUCGAUCUUGGAAGAAUUGACAUUUGAAGAAGCUGCUGCAAAAGGGUUUAAGUUUACUUCAAGUGGAGAGAGGUGGCAGAAUGAGGGAUCGAGAAGGUAUGAAUAUAGGCCUCGAUCAUCUAUUUGUGGAGGACAUUCCAGGAGAGAUUCAGAUGGAGGCUUGUUUUCUUGCUUUGGAAAUGCUUAUGGGAUUGAGUUUACAAUUGUGUGUGGGGCUGGAAAUGACAGCAACAAAGGCAGCAGCAAAAAACUCAAUACUACAAAGAGUAGGAAAAAGAGGUCUAAUAAGGCCAAUUCAGUUUAG